UAAACGUAAAUGCAUUUCCAUUUCCAUUUCUAUAACAGUUUCCGCAAGCCAAGCACAGCUGCAUUUCUCCUUUUUCCUCUCCCGCUCCGCUGCUUUCGUUUCUCUCUGUCUCCGAUAUGGAUGCUUCUGGAGGUCUGAGUGUCUAUCCUCUGCAUAGAUGUAAAAUAAUACACCUGGUGAGGCAUGCCCAGGGAGCUCACAAUGUGGAAGGAGAAAAGGACCAUAGUGCAUACCUAUUGCCUCACCUUUUUGAUGCACAUCUUACUCCUAUUGGCUGGCAACAGGUGGAUAAUCUUCGCAAGCAUGUUCAUUCAUCUGGACUUUCUAAGAGGAUUGAAUUGGUAGUCACCUCCCCUUUAUUGAGGACCAUGCAAACAGCAGUUGGUGCUUUUGGUGGAGAAAGUUAUACAGAUGGAAUAGAUGUUCCUCCACUAAUGGUGGAAAAUUGCGGAAAUAGUAGCCGACCAGCAAUUUCAAGUUUAAAUUGCCCUCCAUUCUUAGCAGUGGAACUAUGUCGAGAACAUUUGGGAGUUCAUUGGUGUGACAAAAGAAGAAGCAUUAAUGAGUAUAAACCUUUAUUUCCAGCUAUAGACUUUUCAUUGAUUGAAAAUGAUGAGGACAUUCUAUGGAAGGAGGACGUUAGGGAGCCAAAUGAAGAUGUUGCUUCCAGAGGAAUGCAGUUCUUAAAGUGGUUGUGGACACGGGAGGAGAAGGAGAUUGCAGUUGUUACUCAUAGUGGAUUCUUGAUUCAUGCCCUCACUUCAUUUGGAAAUGAUUGCCAUCCAAAUGUGAAGAGUGAAGUAUGCAGAAGAUUUGAGAACUGUGAACUUCGGUCAAUGAUUAUUGUUGACAGAAGUAUGAUUGGAUCAGACACUUCCACAACUAAUUAUCCAGGCAAAAUUCCCAGUGGAUCAGAUGCCCUAAGUGAUGAUGCAGGUGUGAAAUAUCCUAAUGGUAUACAUUGAAGUAGAAAAAUUUUGGUUUGGUAUUGGUCUAGAAUGUGAUUCUUUAAAUAUAGUCGUCUACUGCGUAUGUUUAAGGUCAGUAGGAACCCAACAUUUCCAAUACAAGAUAGACCAUUGAGCGAAUGUAUUAUUAUAAGACAAAUUUUGUAAAAACUAUGUAUAUGCACUGUAGGUGAUGGUUAUGUCAUCAGCCUUUGUACUACUAAUAUCUCUAGGUGCAAUAGAUUUCUAUAUUUUCUACCCUCUCUUGGGUCACAGGAGAAGUGAGAAAUUUGUCUUUUGUAACUUGAAAUAAGGCGAAUGCCGAAUGAAUCUGUGACAUGUAUUCCGUAA